GGAAAGUGAGUUUUUGUUUUCCUCUAUGUUUGAUUAAAUAUUUUUUUUGUUGAUUCUGCAUCUGGGUCCUCCUCUUGGUUUUCCCGAUCCGUGACAGAAGGACAGAGACUCAUAACCAUCCCCGCCUGCUUUGCCUAACUUCAACUGAGGAGAGGACUAACCACACUUCAGCUGUUGGGAAUCUACCCUCUUUGGCCAGAUGAACAAAGCAAUAGAACUCAGAGGGAAACUGUUCUUCCUGUUCGUUUCUACCAUCAUUUUCAUUCUCUAUGUCACUGGGACAUCUCCUGUGGAGUACAUUUCCCCCCCAAGGCUGCAGGAGCCUCCGAAAGUAUGCCCUGUGAGGACUGCCGAGGACACCAUCACCCCCCUGAACAACACUGACCACUUCCUGGUGUCAGCCUUCAUGGACCAGAGAGUGAAAGGAUUUGAUUUACGCAUUAUUAGCAUAUUUAAAAAAAACUCCACCAAACCUCUUUACUGUCUUUUCUGCUGUGCAGGCCAGUUAUCAAAUACAAUCCCAACAAACAUUUUACAACAUACAGAAAACUUUGGUUAUCCCUUUGUCACUGCGGAUAUCAUGUGUCAGAUUCCUCAAAACUGCAACGCUACACAUGUUACUCUUCAGACUAAGCCAGAAAGAGUGAAGGCAUUGGACCAGCUUUGGCUUCCUAUAAGAAACCAGAAGAUCAAAGGGAAUGAGGAGAAAAAGUUGCAGUUUAACUUCACAGUCUGUAUCUCUAAUAUGUUUGGAGGAAUCAACAAUGUGCUUCAGUUUGUACAGUCGCUGGAGAUGUACAGGUUGCUAGGUGUUGACCGGGUGGUGAUCUACAACACCAGCUGUGGCCCAGAACUGGACCUCCUGUUGAAGAGCUACAACAGGACAGGCUUCCUGGAGAUAGUUCCUUGGCCGAUCGACUUGUUUCUGAGUCCAUCUUGGGGCUGGCUCUACUCUUUGAGCGGGGGGGACGUGCAUUACUUUGGUCAACUGGCUACACUUAACGAGUGUGUUUACAGAUCCAUGGACCGGUCGCGUUACGUCCUGUUGAACGAUAUUGAUGAGAUUAUAAUGCCAUACCAACACAACAACCUGACGUCUCUGAUGAACACACUCCAACAGCAGCAUCCAAAGACAGGUGUGUUCCUCAUUGAGAACCAUAUCUUCCCCAAGACUGUUUUUGAGCCAAGCAAGAGGUUUCAUCUACCUAAGUGGGACAAAGUGCCGGGGGUCAAUAUUCUGGAGCACAUCUACAGGGAGGACCCCGACAGAACAAAAUAUCACCCGCACAAGUUAAUAGUUCAGCCAAGGUUGGUGGAGCACGUUUCUGUGCAUGAUGUGCUCAAGGCUUUUGGAACCACAUACAAAGUUCCCCCAGACGUUUGUCGGAUCAUUCACGUCCGUGGUUCUCUGAGGGGAAAAUUGGAUGCCAAGGAGCUCAAUAAGGAUACACGCCUGUGGGACUUUAACGAAAAACUAAUUCCCAAUGUUGACAAAGCACUGGAGAGAGCAGGGCUGCUGAGAUCAGAACCUGUACUUCAAGGUCUAGAAACACCAACUGAUCAUCUGUUCUAAUGAAACUCAGUUUAGUCUUGAAACCUUUCUGUGUUCUAAUCUUUCUAUUUUUUACAAAAGCAACUCCAAUAUUUUUGCCUGUUUUACCAUGUUUCUGGUGGUGGAACUUUUUAGAGACAUACUGAGACUUUUAGGUUGGGUAGAAUCCAAGAUCUGAACCAGUUUGCUUGACUUCUUCAAUUGCUGCAACUCUCACUGUGAUUAGUAGAUCCGCUUCUGGUUGGGAAUCUAUUGUUUUGUUUGACUAGACAGACAAGGUAAAAGAAUGUCAUCCUCCAGAUCUUUGUUAUCCUCCUCUUACAUGUAUUAAUGUGUGUAAUGUAUGUGUGGAUGCAGGGUUCUCUUGGCAGUGUCACCAUGGUGUCUGCAAAUAUCUGCUGUAAAUGUGCCCACACUCAUGCAUGGCAUCCCAUGAAUAUGUGCUGCAAUAUGAGAUGUUGUGUUGUAGAAGAAAACCAACAGAGGGGAAGAGACAAGGUUCUGUUUUGUUAAUAACGAUGUGUUCUAGUUUUCACGGACCCUGGAGACGUGCAGGUCAACACACUGUGAGACAAAUAUAGUACACUGGAGGUGGACACAGUAGCAGCUUGAGAGAGAGAUCUAUAGAGGUAAAGAAGGACCUCUGACACAGCCUCAAGAUGAGCAGGAAGACAUUGUUUAACAUAAUGGAUGAGACAUUGUUAUUAGUUAGAUAAAAUGACUGAUGCUAUCAAUUUGAUUCAAACAACUUUAUUAAUCCUUUUAGGGGCAAUUGGUUUUGAGCAGCUCGUACAUAAAAUACAUAAUGAAAUGGCACACAAAAUAUAUGAAGGAUAAAGUAUGUGAUUAGAUGUUUAAAUUUGUUGUGCUAAGCUCCGGGUUAUUUUUACUUUUAAGUUACGGUAAGUAUACAAUAAUCAAGCUAAGCUAUUUGAAUCAGCGUGCUGAAGAAGGGAUUCAAUACACAUGUGUUACCUCUGGAAAGCUUUGGUUUUUCAGUCUUUGUACUAAGUUCAGCUAAAUUACUCUUGCUGUAUUCUUCUUAGUUUACUCGUACAUUGUUGAGGAUAGCAUCAAUCAUCUCAUCAAAUACUCUGACGAGAUCUUAUCAAUGCCUUUUAGCAUUUGUGUACUAACUUUAGCUUAGCUGUCUCUGCUCUUGCCUUCUCUUUAGCAUUCAGGUAGUAUUUUGAUUUCUAUCUGCAAGUUUAACGUGAGCUUUAUUUAGUGUGAGCACAGAACAACAUCACUUGAUAAGCAGAGGAGAAACAGAGAACAGCUCCACCAUAGGUAAAAUUACUGUACUACAACACUCCCACUUUACAAUGGUAUUUAGAACCUUUAAAUAAUAAUACAGAGCCAUGCUCUCCUUCACAAAAUGACAAGAAAAUAAAUCUUUAAACAACAUC